GCUGUUGUUGCUCGGCCUGAGGGUUACGAUUCCAUGGGCUGGCUGAAGGGAGACACUGCGGAGCUCUUCUUUGAUCGAAGCCAGUUGCACCCACGGGGCAUGGACAAGGACAAGUUUGCUAAUGAGCUGCCUGUGCCGGUCAGCGUGACUGGGAAGCGCGUGCAACCCCUGGAUCACAGUCCUGUAGCCAUGCCAGAGGUGCCACAG